GCAGCGCCGGCAGCAGCAGCAGCGGCGGGGGCGGGCGGGGCGGGGCGGGGGCGGUGCGGAGCGCGGCGGCGGGAGGCGGGCGCUGUCCAUGGCCCUGCGGAGCCCCGGCCGCCCCGCGCUCCGCCGAGCCGAGCGAUGGGCAACACGGUGCACAAGACCCUGGCAGACACAAGCCACCAGCCCCGCUCCGUCUCCAGCCGCCCCUACUACAGCUUGCCCAACAGCAGCCAUGAGAGACGCUCGGUCCUCGCUAUCACAGAGCCGCCGCGUUUCCACUCCCAAGCCAAAGGCAAGAACGUGCGUCUGGACGCUCACUCCCGCAAGGCCACGCGGAGGAACAGCUUCUGCAACGGGGUCACCUUCACCAACCGGCCCAUCCACCUCUACGAGAAGGUCAGGCUGAAGCUGGUGGCCGUGCACCACGGCUGGAGCGGGGCCCUGCGCUUCGGCUUCACCAUUCACGACCCGUCGCAGAUGAGCUCCGACGACAUACCAAAGUACGCCUGUCCGGACCUGGUGACCCGACCCGGAUACUGGGCCAAAGCUUUGCCAGAGAGGUUUGCUGUCAGAGACAAUAUCUUGGCCUUCUGGGUUGACCGCCAUGGGAGAGUCUUCUACAGUAUUAAUGAUGAGGAGCCAAUAUUGUUUCACUGUGGUAUUAAAGUUUCUGGUCCUCUCUGGGCACUCAUAGAUGUCUAUGGAAUUACCCAUGAAGUGCAAAUACUAGACAGCAUGUUUGCAGAGACCAUGACCACUGCCCAUCUCAGCACCGCCCGUCUCAGCACUUGCCUUCCGCAGAGCAACCACGAUUCAGCCAACUUCAAUAACAACGAACUGGAGAACAACCAAGUGGUGGCCAAAAUCGCAAACUUAAACUUAAGUCGGGUACCAGGACUUGCGACAGACAACCACAUCAUCCCCUGUUGCCCAAACCGACGGCAGCACGCCCAGGGGGUCCCAGCCUUCCUGGACACAGACCUGCGAUUCCACCCCACCCGUGGACCUGACAUCACCUUCUCUCAGGACCGGAUGGUUGCAUGCACCAACUGGCAGGAAAGCAAUAGGACUUUGGUGUUUUCUGACCGGCCUUUGCACAUCGGUGAAAGCCUCUUUGUGGAAGUAGGACACCUUGGGUUGCCAUACUACGGGGCCCUUUCAUUUGGCAUCACUUCUUGUGAUCCGAGUACAUUACGGACAAACGAGCUCCCAGCAGAUCCGGACUUUCUCUUGGACCGCAAGGAGUACUGGGUUGUUUACCGAGCGUUCCCGGUCCUCAACAGCGGCGACAUUCUCAGUUUCAUGGUCUUGCCGAAUGGAGAGGUGCACCACGGGGUGAACGGAGCCAGCCGAGGGAUGCUAAUGUGUGUGGACACCUCACAGUCGCUCUGGGUGUUUUUUACAAUCCACGGUGUGAUCAACCAGCUCAAAAUAUUGGGCACUGUGCAGUCCAGCCCAGUGACCGUCUCUCCCUCAGGAUCGCCCGGUGGCUCGCAGUACGACAGCGACUCAGACAUGGCCUUCAGCGUCAACAGGUCGUCGUCUGCUUCAGAGUCGUCACUCGGUAAGGGGAGCCCGGCCCUCGGCAGCCUCUGCGCUGAAUCAGUGACCGCUCCCAGCUCCCCCCUGAGCCCUCCCAUCUCUCCUGUCUUCUCCCCUCCAGAGCCAUCAAGCAGCAAGAACGGGGAAUGCACCGUCUGCUUUGACAGCGAGGUGGACACAGUGAUCUACACCUGCGGACACAUGUGCCUCUGCAACACCUGUGGUCUUAAGCUGAAGAAGCAGCUCAACGCCUGCUGCCCAAUCUGCCGACGGGUCAUCAAAGAUGUUAUUAAAAUAUACCGCCCUUAGUGCCCGACUUGGGCUGUAGGAAGGGGGAAUGCCGCUAGCAGUAACCAUGCCUUUCCGUCCCUGCUUAUGGGUUAUCGUGCUGGUCAGUCGUUAUCAAGUGGCUCGUUAUCUGUGUUUCCUUAUUUGACUGGUAGGGCACAAUUCAGGGAUAAAAUUGAGCUGAGGAUCUCAUGGGGCCCAAAGGCACAGCUGUUGUGUGCCCAUGGGUGAAUCUGGAGAAUCAUGGUCUGGACCCAACCCAGCUGCAAAUGAGAAAUUUCCAGUGCAAAGGCUCUUUUUUUCCUCCUCCAGAGGCUCGCUGUGAUUGGGAAGGGCAAGUUGCCGCUUGGCCAGUGCCCGGUGCCACUGAGCUUCCCAACCCCAAAACCCCAACAGCUCUGGGCUGCUGCCAGGGGCUUGUACUGUGGUGGAACAAAAUUAGGAUGAGGCCCAGUGGGAGGGUCCGAAGUGGCUAAAACUGAUCUGCAAAUGACAUGUCCAUCUGUGUAAGGGGAACUAGCUAAGGCCAGAAUAGUAGCACAGCCAGAUUCUCACUUGUUUGGAUUUUGGCCCCCUGAACAAGCUUCUGUGCCAUGUGGAGAAGGUGGUCUGCACUUACAUAAAGCAGCUUUUGCUUUCUGUGGCAGAGCAGGGACUUUUGGCCAGGAAGGCUGAGACCCAGGGAGCAGCCACAGCGUAGCAGCGAGGAGCACGGGCCCCCAGAGAGCCCCAGCGCACCCCGAUUGCUGCAGCAGCAGCGAUGGGCUGUGGGCACUGCCUGGCUGCUGGAGCCACAAAUUGCAGCCCGUGGAUGAGAGAUGCGUUCGGAUGGGCACACGGUGAGCCUGGCUUAGAAAAAGCGCAGGGCUACUGCCACCUGCGAUGGUGGUGUUUGUCAUCUCUGCGCACACACGUCUGCAUUUUGCUCUGCUGCUCUUCACGGGUGGCAGAGCUGCUGUCUCACACCGUCCUGGCUGGCUCGCUGCCCCAAGCCUUGCCCUGCAGCCCAGCCUUCCUCCCACCCCACCACAGGGACUUUUUGAAGCCUGUGUUGAGAAAUGAAUUGCUGACCCAGUCCCAGCAGGCUCAACUUUUUUGUGGGGACUGCGUAUGUGCCGCUUUUACCUGCUUUUUCUCCUGCCUUUCCAGGUUUCCCAGUAGAGCGUCCAGCUGCUGGAUCCCAGUAAUAGAUGAGAACUUGUUGAGAUGAACAGGGAGCUGUGUCACCUGGCUUUACUUGGGAGGAGGAAAGAAAAAGGCUCUGGGGCUAUUAUUAGAUGUUGGGAUCUUAAAAGGUAAAUGGGUUUCAGCUGUGAUAUUAGACAACCACAAGCAACCUGGGUUAGUUGGGCUGGUGCAGGGAGCUUGGUUUCCUCCUCCUUGCUGACCCCCGUCCUCCAUCCACCCCACGGCUCCUCUCUGCUCCUUCACCAUGGGCAGUUGCCACCUGGUCCGGCUUCCUAAAGAGGUAGAGAGAGGGGAUGCAGAUGGGAGGAUGAGGGAGGGAGGGAGGGAGGGACGGACUGGUGUCAUUCUAGCUUGGUAACCACGUGCCACCAAGGGGGUGAGAACAGCUUUCUGAGAAAGGUGCAAUUAUCACGUUUUUAUUUCAAAAAAGAUAAAAGCCUAGCAACCCCUGUACAUUUCAGGGUUUCUGAGUGCAGAGGGGACACCUGACGUUGUCAGUGUCACCUCACCUUGCUGUUCCCUUCCUCCUCCGAGGUGUCGGUAGCCAUGGGUGCACUGCUGCCUCUCAUGGUGCCAUCGCUGGGGCAGUGGUUUGGUGGUGCCAGCAGUGCCGUGCUUGGUGACAAACCAGCGCUCAGCCCCGUCCCAGCCCCGCGCUGCCAUCACAGAGAGCAUCUUGUCCUCCUCCCGCAGCGGCCGUGGCUGCUCAGCAGCCUGUUCCACAUGCCAGCUCACAGGGCAGGGAGAAAACUAUGUUUUUCUUCCUUGGAGAGCUAAUUAACAUUUUAAUUAAGUGUAUAAAUAAGAGACUGCUAUAGAGUGAGAUCUCGCAUCCAUCGUCCUGAUGUAUCGGCAUGGGAGCCUGCUGGCUUUGUGUGGCCCCGUAGGGAAGCUCGGCUCGUUGUUUGCACAUUGGGGUCCAGCUGUGGUCCCUGGGCACAGCACUGAGAGCAUGAUGAUUGCAAAGUGUGUGAACAGGGGAUGAAAGGCCCGGUGGGUUAGAGCCUGCCUGGUGACCGGGCUGAGCUGGGAAGCCUUUGCAUGGCGAGGAAUUCAAGGAAAGUUGUGUGAAUCCCCAGCAAGCGAUGCUGGCUUGGAUCAGCAAACACCAGCGGCCACCCCUGGGGCUGCGGUCCCACUUUUGGGGGUGCUCAGUCCCUUUUGGUGGGACAGAGCCCAUUUACUUGCCUGACACCCACCCCAGAUGGUGUGUGAGCCGUUCAGGACUAAUUGCACGGGUUUAAUUUUUGCUGUAGCAGCUGAGACCAGUUUCCAGAAGGGCAGCGGCCAACGGGGUCAGCAAGGGAGCAGCUUAUUCAGGGGUAUGACCCAAGUCGGGGUCUGCAGUGCGGCCGCGCACCAAGCGGGACCUGGGGCAGUGGACGGGUUCCCCUGCAGCCCAAGAGCAACAGGAAUUUUAUCCAAAAUAGGCCUCUUCUAAAAGAUUUCCAGGAAAAGGUAGCCUCUUACAGAUUUAAUUGUUAGUAUUCGUAUUGCUAUUUUUUUUAAACAGUCUGAUGAUAUAUAUGAUUUGUACAGAAGAUCUGUUUGUGCCUUAUAAGGGUGUCUGUGCACUUUUUAUCCUUUUUAAAGCAACUUUUAAAAAAGAAAAAAAAAAAAAAACGGGGAGAAAACAACACAGAUUAAUGGUAGUUUUAUAGAAUUUUGUGUUCACUGAGAAUCCUGCUUUUUAUAAAUAUAUACAUAUAUAUAUAUAUAUGAGUGAAAAAGUGUUUAUUUCCAUGGAUCUCCCCGCCUCUCCUCCUACCAUAUUUGUUUAAAUUUUUUAAAAAAGGAAAGGAAAAAAAGAAGAGAUGGGGGAAACUCCUUUACCUUCCUUCUUUCCGAGACAGUUACUCUCUUAUUGUUACCUUUAUGAUUCGAUACUGUGAGCUGCACAUCAUGUUGAAGCUGAAUCAGACUUUGGACCUCUGUAUUGGGCUUGUCGAGCAAAUCCUGUGGGGGAGCGGGGCGGGGAGGGCAUCGCACGCGGGAGGGAGCUGCACUUCUACAUGUCAGUGGUCUGUAGCGUUGUGUUCAGUGCUGUGUGUUUUACUUUUGUCCAUUUACCUGUUUUACAUUAAUAUAAUUUUACUUGUUUAUGAAACAAAUAAAACUUCGGCUUGUAAAGAGUG